UCCUCACUCCUUGUUUGGGACAUAAAAAAGGAAUCUUUCCAUAUCUUUACUUCUUGCUUUUUCCUUUAUUUUCUUUCCAAAUUCCCUCUCUCUGAAAACAAUUGGUGGCUUUGUAUCUGGUUCUUUGUGAAGUCCUAAAAAGCAGAUAUAUUAUGUGAAAAACCAUACGAUUUCACUCCAAUCCCUCACUUGUUCUUCCUUCCAUUUUCCUUGCUAAAUGAGCUUCGGUUGGUUUGGAUAAAAAUUGAUCAAAUGACGAGACAAAAAAUCCAGAUCAAGAAAAUCGACAACAUAGCGGCGAGGCAGGUGACUUUCUCUAAGAGGAGAAGAGGGCUUUUCAAGAAAGCUCAUGAGCUUUCCACUCUUUGCGAUGCCGAGAUUGCUCUUUUAGUGUUUUCAAACACCGGGAAGCUCUCCGAGUACUCCAGCUCCAGUACGAGGCAGGUGAUUGAAAGGCGAAAUCUGCAGUCAGAAAGGAUUGACAAAUUGGAUCCAAAUCCAUCCCUUGAGCUGCAGCUUCAAAGUAGCACAUGUGCCAUGUUGAGCAAGGAGAUAGCAGAGAAGAGCGGAGAACUGAGGCAGCUGAGAGGAGAGGAGCUCCAAGGGUUAGAUUUAGAGGAAUUAAAACAGCUUGAGAAAUUACUUGAAGCUGGCCUUAAACGAGUUACGCAAACUAAGGAUGAACGAUUUUUCAAAGAAAUCAGCACCCUCAAAAGGAAGGGAGUAGAACUGACGGAAGAAAACCAGCGUUUGAAAGAGAAAAUGGAGAAUUUGCCACCUCAUGUGGCUGAACAAGGCCGACCAUCAGAGUCCAAUGGCCAUGCAUGGAGAACCUUAAGCUCUGACAUUUCUCUCAGAUUGGGGUUACCUUACCCUAACUGAGUGUUGAAAAGGUCGAGGGGAUGAUGCCAAUGGAUGUCUGUUCAUCACCAUUAUGAUCC